CCGUGGGGCCGGGAGGUGGGAGCCGGGCGCUGGGCUCCUUGCCUGGCACGGCACCGACCCAGCCUUUUAGAGGAGACUAUUCCAGAUUUCAGUUAUUCUUUGCACAGAAAAGCGUUGGUCAAAAUAGUUGGUUAAAUUUGCAAGAUUUCCUCACUCGCAAUCAAUGAAAAAUGUCUGAUGAUGAAGAUGUUCCAUUGCCCAAGAAAUCCCGGAUUUACUAUGGAAGCCUUGAAGAGAAAGAGAGAGAAAGGAUUAUCAAAGGAGAAGGAGGAUAUCUGGGGAAGGAGGCUGUGAAAGUUGGAGUUGAAGCUGGGCACAUUAACAUAUCUGGUGGGGAGUUCUAUGAUGUUGAAGAUCAUAUCAGCGAGAGGCAGGCUGAAGUGCUGGCAGAGUUCGAGCGCCGAAAACGAGCCCGGCAGAUUAAUGUUUCUACAGAUGAUGCCGAAGUGAAGGCCUGUCUACGAGCACUCGGGGAGCCAAUCACACUUUUUGGUGAAGGACCAGCGGAGCGACGAGAGAGGUUGAGGAAUAUCUUGUCUGUGGUGGGUGCUGAUGCCUUAAAGAAGACAGAGAAGAUAGAAGAUGCAAAGAAAAGCCGACAGGAGCAUCAGCAGACCUGGUAUCAUGAGGGUCCCAGCUCCCUGAAGACUGCUCGUCUCUACAUUGCUCGAUUUUCCCUGCCAAGGGCCUUGAAGCGAUUAGAAGAGGCGAGAGCCAACAAAGAGAUUCCAGAAGCUUCCCGUACUGCUCGACAGCAAGAACUUCACAAGAGUUUAAGGGCCCUGAAUAACUUCUGCAGCCAGAUUGGUGAUGACCGUCCCAUUUCCUACUGUCAGUUCAGCCCCAACUCCAAGCUUCUGGUUACAGCCUCCUGGAGCGGAUUAUGUAAACUGUGGGAUAUUCCUGACUGUAGCCUUAUCCGUACACUGAGAGGUCACAGCACGAACGUGGGUGCCAUUGUAUUUCAUCCUCAGGCCACCAUCUCACUUGAUGAAAAAGACUGUAAUAUGGCAUCGUGUGCAGCUGAUGGCUCAGUGAAGCUGUGGAAUUUGGAAAGUGAUGAGCCAGUAGCCAACAUUGAAGGGCACACAAUGAGAGUCGCUCGAGUGGCAUGGCAUCCAUCAGGCAGGUUUCUAGGGACCACGUGUUAUGACCACUCCUGGCGACUAUGGGACCUGGAAGCUCAGGAGGAAAUCUUGCACCAGGAAGGGCAUAGCAAGGGUGUCUAUGACAUUGCCUUCCACCGUGAUGGCUCCCUGGUAGGAACUGGUGGCCUUGAUGCCUUUGGACGACUGUGGGACCUACGGACUGGUCGAUGCAUCAUGUUCCUGGAGGGACAUUUGAAGGAGAUCUAUGGAAUCAGCUUCUCUCCCAAUGGAUAUCAUGCAGCAACCGGAAGUGGAGACAACAGUUGCAAAGUCUGGGACCUACGACAGCGGAAGUGUAUCUACACCAUCCCAGCACAUCAGAACCUCCUGUCUGCAGUCAGGUUUCAGCCCACAGACGGACACUACCUGCUCACCGGUGCCUAUGACAACACAGCAAAGAUAUGGAGCCACCCUGGGUGGUCACCGCUCAAAACAAUGGCCGGCCAUGAGGGCAAAGUGAUGGGACUGGACAUUUCUCCAAAUGGACAGCUGAUUGCUACAUGUUCUUACGACAGGACCUUUAAACUCUGGACAUCUGAGUAGACCAAACGCAGCAGAUCUUCGACAACAAGUCACCCUAAAGAGGGAGUGUCAGAUGCUCUCUGUCAGUCAAGCAACCAAACCAUUGGGAGCUGAUCACCAGGUCCCACACCUUGUUGUGAGGCAAGAGUUGCCAUGGUCUGCUGGUCAUUGAUUUUAUCACUGUCAUUCCUAGGCUUACAGGAACUUUUUUGGCUUUUGGACUUCACAUUGAAUUAAAAAAACUGAUUGUUUCCAUUCGAUGUAAAUGAGUGGACCUAUUCCACAGGCCUCCGGAGAAGCAGAACCCUGAAUUGGAACAGGUGUUGAAUGACAUCUCCAUUUCCAAAAAAAAUCUUUUGUCUCUUCUUCAUUUUCUGCUGAAUGCUUUAAAGAACAGAAGCACUGAUUCCAAGCUGUUGGGGUCCAAAGUUAACCGAUACCAAAAGCACCAAGGAAAUCUUUGAUCAGUUUAGGGCUAUUUCUAGAAUUGAACUAAAAGUUCUCUGCUUGUUAAUGGAAUGCUGUGUGGUAACCCUGGAAUCUGUCAGUAAUGUGUUAACCACAUGGGCAAAUGGCCUCUCCUUUUUUAGGAGUGCUUUAUAAUAAAUAUUUUGAUAAAUAA